AGGGACACAAAAUAGCAAGCAUCUUCUCAGAGAAUUUCAAUAAGUUGACUGCUUAGGGCGAUCAGAGAUACUCAGAGUCCAAGGCACAAGAAUCUAAAUUGUUUUACUCUUUGCUUUGAAAGCAAACAGUCAAAGGAUAAAGUCCAAACAGACAGAAGUUUCUGAAGUUUCAGUUGUAAGGAAGAAAAAAAAAAAAGAAACCUUAUCUAAAUCAGCCUACUUGCUAGAGAGUCACAAAGACCAGUUUUUUGGGUUUUUUUUAGUACUUUCUACACAGAAGCUGAAAACAAGGAAUGUUGUCCGAAAAGAAACUGCUUGUUAUCGAUGUAGACUGUGGCACAGAUGAUGCUCAAGCUAUUAUGAUGGCAAUCAGCGCCCCCAAUGUUGAGAUUUUGGGGAUAACGUGUGUGGGAGGUAACACUCUCUUAGAUAACGUCUGCAAAAAUGUUCUUCGUGUCCUCAAAUUAUGUGAGCGGUCUGACAUUCCUGUAUAUCGAGGGGCAUCCACUGCAAUUCUAGGCCAAAACAUCCAUGCAUCGUAUUUUCACGGUAAAGAUGGUUUGGGAGAUGUUCCUGACCCAGAUGCCCCAGGGUUGGAGUAUAUUCAGAAAGAACAUGCGGUAGAUGCCAUGAUACGACUGGCAUCAGAGCACCCGGGCCAGAUUUCCAUGGUAGCUACAGGUCCGCUGACCAACUUGGCUUUGGCUGUGAGGAUGGACCCAACCUUCCCCCAAAAACUUAAAUGUUUGUACAUAAUGGGAGGAAACAUGGAAUCCAGGGGAAAUACUACCGCUUGUGGUGAGUUUAACUUCCUUGCUGAUCCUGAAGGUGCCUAUAUUGUUCUCAACGAUUUCUUAUGUAAAACAUACAUUGCUACCUGGGAGCAUUCCUGUCGUCACAAGCUUUCAUGGGAAUGGUAUGAUAAGUGGGUUAAUAUGGGAACAAAGAAGUCUGACUUCAUAAAGAAUAUCUACGCUCACAGCCUGCAGUAUUCCAGAAGUGAGAAGGAAGAGAAAGGAAUGGUGGCUGGCCCUGGAUUUGUUUCCUGUGAUUCCUAUGCAAUGGCUGCUGCUAUUGAUGAGAGUACUGUUACAGAUGUCAUUGAAUGUGCAGUUACUGUGGAGUUAAGUGGAAAAUUUACUCGGGGCAUGAUGGUCCUGGAUAUGAUUGAUGACCUAAAAAAAACAAAUAAAGCCUUUGUCAUGAAUGGGUGUGAUAUAGAGAAAUUUAGAGCUCUGAUGGAGGCUACUGUGAAAUAGAAUGCUGCAAACACCAUCAUCAUAAAAUCAACAAAUAAUAAAAGCGUCAUAAUAGUUAAA